AAUAAAACUCUCUCAUUGAUUGUUGCUCGGUGAAGAAGCAGGGUUGGGUCCUCGGAAUUUCAUACAGAGCCAGUUUUCUGCAACUGCGGCUGUUCCACGCAUUUCUUUAGCUAUUUCAGAUAAACAGGAUAUCGAGGCGCAUGCAGCGCUUAUUUUUUUAACGAGUAGCUAGCUAGUAAGGAGGGGUUGAACCAAUUUAAAGCAGGUGUCGGUGACCUAGCUAGCUCGUACAUUCAUUUUCGACGAAAGCAAAAAGAGUGCGAAUGACGAGAACGCAUUAACUAAACUAGUUUUCAAUAGGUAACCUAUAACUAGGGAGUUUGCUCGCUGAAAUAUAAAACCAGACAUGGACGACAAGUCAUUCACUAAGGAAUUGGAUGGGUGGAUUGAGCAACUCGGCGAAUGCAAACAGCUCUCGGAAAAUCAAGUCAAAGCCCUUUGCGAGAAGGCCAAAGAGAUUCUGACGAAGGAGUCUAAUGUACAGGAGGUGAGAUGUCCGGUCACGGUGUGCGGAGAUGUCCACGGACAGUUCCAUGACUUGGUGGAGCUGUUUAAAAUCGGAGGGAAGUCUCCGGACACCAACUACCUCUUCAUGGGAGACUAUGUGGACAGGGGCUACUACUCUGUAGAGACAGUCAGCCUCCUAGUAUCUCUCAAGGUGAGGUACCGUGAGCGAAUCACAAUCCUCCGAGGGAACCACGAGAGCAGACAGAUCACCCAGGUGUACGGCUUCUACGACGAGUGUUUAAGGAAAUACGGAAACGCCAACGUCUGGAAGUACUUCACAGACUUAUUUGACUACCUGCCCCUCACUGCCCUGGUAGAUAACCAGAUCUUCUGUCUCCACGGUGGACUGUCCCCCUCUAUAGACACACUGGAACACAUCAGAGCGUUGGAUCGCUUACAGGAAGUUCCUCAUGAGGGUCCGAUGUGUGACCUGCUGUGGUCAGACCCUGAUGACCGUGGCGGCUGGGGCAUUUCUCCCCGCGGUGCCGGCUACACCUUUGGACAGGACAUCUCGGAGACCUUCAACCAUGCUAACGGACUCACCCUGGUCUCCAGAGCUCACCAGCUGGUCAUGGAGGGUUAUAACUGGUGCCAUGACCGUAACGUAGUGACUAUCUUCAGUGCACCCAAUUACUGCUAUCGCUGUGGAAACCAGGCCGCCAUCAUGGAGCUGGAUGACACGCUCAAGUACUCCUUCCUUCAGUUCGACCCCGCCCCUCGCAGAGGUGAACCUCAUGUGACCCGCCGCACUCCUGACUACUUCCUGUAAAAGAUCCCAAUGCCUGUGAAGUAUUGCUCUAGAUUCUUCUUAGUGAAGAAGUGGGAGAAGGGAGCAUCGGUAUAGAGUUGUGACAAAGUAAGCAUCCAUCAAUCCAUGGACCAAAAUGUGUGCCACAAUUUCACAAAAUGCAAAAUGGAAAAAAAUGUCACAUUUAUCUUUAAAGAAGACCACACAACCGACACCCACCCCAGUCCAUGGAACCAGUUCCUUCUCUCUCUGUGCAUGAUGUUAUAUUUAUCUCUGAAAAUGAUUCUUCAUUGUAAAGAUUACCGUGUACUAUAUAGUAAUAGGGUGCCAUUUUGGAAGCAGACAGUCUCAUAGUACCUGCUGGUUUUGUCAGGAAAAAGAUGUGCUUUGAAUUAAUAAAUCUGCUGAGAUUAAGGCUUAAAUGUAACCCUUGUGGUAGGAACAUAAUUAUAGUAUAGAAAAGUUUUGGUAAACCUAAAUCAGCAUGGCCUCAAACUGGAAGGUUGCAGUAAACAAACAUGUUAUGUUGUGAACAUUUUUCUAACAGAAAUUCAAUGGCUUUUUUUGUGUGUGUGAAUUUUAAAUCAUUGUUUUCAGACUUGGUUUGGCGCUGGAUGGAAUUGAAUUCUUCUUUCUCUUUGCACUUUUGUAUUUAAUGUUUAUCAUGACACUGACAAACUACAGCAUUCUGUUUUACACUGCGUUCAGAAAGUAUUCAGACCCCUUGACUUUUUCCACAUUUUGUUACAUUACAUCCUUAUUCUAAAAUGGAUUAAAUAUAUUUUCUUCCUCAUCAAUCUACACACAAUACCGCAUAAUGACAAAGUGAAAAAAUGUUUUUAGAAAUGUUUGCAAAUGUUUAAAAAAAAAAGUUCUUAUAAGUAAGUAGUCAAACCCUUUGCUAUGAGGCUUGAAGUUGAGUUCAGGUGCAUCCUGUUUUCAUUGAACAUCCUUGAGAUGUUUCUAAAACUUGGGAGUCAACCUGUGGUAAAUUCAAUUGAUUGGACAUUAUGGAAAGGCACACAGCUGUCUAAGGUCCCACAGUUGACGUCAGAGCAAAAACCAAGCCAUGAGGUCUAAGGAAUUGUCCUAAAGCUCCAAGAUAGGAUUUUUAUUUUACCUUUAUUUAACUAGGCAAGUCAGUUAAGAACAAAAUCUUAUUUUCAAUGACCGCCUAAGAACUGCCUGUUCAGGGGCAGAACGACAUUUGUACCUUGUCAGCUUGGGGAUGUGAACAUGCAACCUUUUGGUUACUAGUCCAACGAUCUAACCACUAGGCCACCCUGCCGCCCCGGAUUGUGUCAAGGCACAGAUCUGGGGAAGGGUACCAACAAUUUCUGUUGCAUUGAAGGUUCCCAAGAACACCGUGGCCUCCAUCAUUCUUAAAUGGAAGAAGUUUGGAACCACCGAGACUUCCUAGAGCUGGCCGCCAAUGGCAAAAUGAGCAAUCGGGGGAGAAGGGCUUUGGUCAGGAAGGUGACCAAGAACCCGAUGGUCACUCUGACAGAGCUCUAGAGUUCCUCUGUGUAGAUGGGAGAUCCUUCCAGAAGGACCACCAUCUCUGCAGCAGUCCACCAAUCAGAUAUUUAUGGUAGAGUGGCCGGCUGGAAGCCAUUUCUCAAUAAAUGGCACAUGAGUUUUCCAAAUGCACCUAAAGGUCUCCUUAGACCAUGAGAAUCAAGAUUCUCUGGUCUGAUGAAACCAAGAUUGAACUCUUUGGCCUGAAUGCCAAGCAGGAUGUCUGGAGGAAAUCAAUUUUAAAAUAAGGCUGUAACGUAACAAAAUGUGGAAAAGGUUAAGGGGUCUGAAUACUUUCUGAAUGCAGUGUAUAUUUCACCCCCAGCAAAUACCUUUUCUAUCACUCACCUGUCCAUUAGUUGAGUAAAACCUAUUUCAGAGGAACACCUGUACAAAAUGACAUCCCUUGUUAUAGAUACCUUUCUGUUUUGCAGCCUCCGCUAUAUAAUAAAGAUUGAACUUGUUCCUUU